AGUCGCCAAUGGGCGGGAGCCGGUGGAACGGAGGAGCCAAUGAGUGCGAGACGUUGAGUGACAGCUGUCCAAUGGAGGCCCUCCAUGCUAGUAUGGCUUGCGGCUUAAGCGCCGCCGCGGUCUGAGGAAUGUCAACUAUUCAACAUGGAGGCGGAGGUCGAUAAGCUGGAACUGAUGUUCCAGAAAGCUGAGUCUGAUCUGGAUUACAUUCAAUACAGGCUGGAAUAUGAAAUCAAGACUAAUCAUCCUGAUUCAGCUGGCGAGAAAAAUCCAGUUACACUCUUAAAGGAAUUGUCAGCGAUAAAGUCUCGAUAUCAAACUUUAUAUGCACGCUUUAAACCAGUUGCUGUUGAGCAGAAAGAGACUAAGAACCGCAUUUGUGCAACUGUGAAUAAGACUAUGAAUGUGAUACAAAACCUACAAAAGCAAACAGCCCUGGAGGUAAUGCUUUCAAUUGACAGCUGUCACCAUUGACUGAUGAAGAGAAAACUGUGGCAGACCAAUUAAAAUCUCACAUGCCAGAUUUAUGAAGAAAUGGACCUGGAAAGGAAACUCUAACAGAGAAGAGCUCAAUUCCAGAUAAAUUUAGGAAGAUGUCUUGUUAACACUUGAUGACUAGAGGUUGGGGGCUGGUGAAGGAGGCUUGGCUUCAGUGACUGAACAAUGAUGCCUUUCAUGAGAGGUACUAAAAGAAGAAGGGCAAAUAAUAUAUGAAUAAAGUUCAGCCAAAAGGACCAAAUGAGAAUAAAAGGAUUUACAUAUAUGUGCAUACGAGCCUAUGCACGCGUGCACGCGCGCGCACGCACACACACACACACACACACACACUGAGUCUUGUAUUUGCAGGCAAGAAAGUCUCAACACCAUUUUGCAUCUGUUUUCUUUUUCUAAGUCAUGAUAAUGUAGAUGUUCUAGUCUAUCAUAAAAGAAUGUUUAUGUACAUUUCAGUCAUUCUAUAUGUGAAUUCCAUGCUUCGGAAAUUAAAAUAUAGGCAAAAAUAUUUGUAUUAUACAUUAUAUCUAAUUUCAUUUUGUAAAUGUUGAUUGCAUAUGUGGUCACAUUAUUGUUGAGACUGCUUUUAUGUGACCUGUAGUCUCCCACAAAACCUAAAGUAAUAAGCUGGCUUUUCUGUGAUAGCCACUUUUGUGUAUUUUUUUUCCCCUAUUUCCCUUGCCUGUUAAGGUUGAGCAACAUGAACUUGCUUUUUCAUGUUGCUUUAGACUGUCCCUGUUGUAUUUCAAUAAUACCUUUGUUUUCUUUCAGCCUUUGUUACUGUAAUUGUUCAUUCUACAUGAAAGCUAAGAAACUGAAAUUAUAAGAGCACUUAUCUGCUACUUGCCAGUUUUGGGUGUGUUAUGUGUAUGUGUCAAUUUCCCUGUUUAUUUAAAAAUAAGUAAUGGCAAUGAGGAAACUGUUCAAAGUAGAGGCAGAUCUUGAUACAAAGAUGUUAAUCACAAGUUUGUUCAUAAUGGCAGUAUACAUGCAUAAUGGCAUAUUUGGCUAGUACUAGGUAAAUGGGAAAAUAAAUUAUGUUGUAUGUAUACAAUAAGAGGUCAAGUUGCCAAUAAAUUAUUACUGUUAAUGUUCUGAGAGAUGCUGAAACUAUGCUAAGUGGAGAAGAGGGGAAGCAGAUAUUGCAGUUUUGUAGUGAAGAUUGGGCUUCGGAGUCAUACCUGAGAUGUAAGUAGCAGGUUUUAAAUUCUAGCUAUGACUCUGUGCAGAUCACUUAACUUCUGAGUGUCAGGAUGUUUGGAAGGACAAGAUAAUAAGUUACACCUUAGUAUCAUAUUAAUUUUCUUCAGUGUUCAGGCAAUUAGUAUUUAGAAAGCUCUUGUCAUGAGAUGGCUUUGGGAUGUAAGGAUGAUUGUUGGGAUUGAAAACAUGGUAUCAUGAAGAGGUCACAAUACUUAUUACAAUAGUAUUAAGUGGUUUUGCUUUCAGUUAGGGAGAAAAAUUAGAUUGUACUAUUUUUCUUCUGUGAUUUCCUUCAGUUAUCUUCCAAAUGUUAUUCACUAUGCACAGCCCCCUUAACAUUAUUUUCUAUGCACUUCUCAAUACAUUGUCAUGUUUCUCAAGCCUCUUUGUGAAUGACUUCUAAAUUUAACUUCUUCCAUUAGCUCUAGAUCCAUAUUUCCAGUAAAAUCCCCUACCUGAAUAUUGAAAUUGAACAUGUCCAGAAUACUUACUGAUUUUAUUUUUUUUAUUUCUUUCUUUUUCUUAUUUCUUUUCCAGAUGAAUCCUGAGGAUGAUUUUAUUGUUAAUAGCCUGGAUAUUCUGUUACCUGGAAUUAAAACCUGUAUAAUUUGCAUCUCUUUAUCUUUUUAGUCAAUAAAACCUGCAAUUCUGUCUCUGAAA